AUGGAAGCUUACCAGAUCCGGACAUUCGCUGUGCAGGGCCAGUCAUAUUAUGAGGUCCUGGGCGUGGCGCAGUCCGCUUCCCAAGCCGAGAUCAAGAAGGCGUAUCUGGCCGCAGCCAGGAAAUGCCACCCCGACCUCAACCCUUCCAAAGAUGCCACCGUGGAAUUCCAAAGGCUGGCUGAAGCGUAUCAGGUCCUGAGUGAUGAAACACGGCGAGCAACCUACGACCGUUAUCUGAGAACCGGAGAGUCCGGCCAGACACCUUCGGGAGGGUAUCAGGAGCCUCCAGACUUGGACCCUUCAGACAUCUUCCGCCACGUCUAUGAGGAGCUGAGGGUGGAGCAGAUUUUGCAGCGGCUGAGGGGCGUGCAACAGGAAGCGGCGGUGGCGGCGCAGGGCGGAGACUUCAGCCUGGGCAAGGCCUUCGUGUGGAAGCACAAGGGCCUGGCGGCGGCGGUGCUGCUGCCGCUGGGCCUCAUGCUGCGGUUCCCCCAGGUGGUGGGCAUGGCGCUACGUGUGCUGGGCGUCGUGGCUGGCACUCUGCUCCAGAGUCGCGUCAUGCGCGAGCUGAUUCGAGAAUGGGUUUGGGUGCAGUGGCGCCUCUUCGUGCAGCGGGCUCACCACCGUCGUGGAGGCAGAGGCAAACGAUGA